AUGGCUAACAUGGAGGAAUAUAAUGAAUCUCUGUGGCCUGUCAUUUAUGAAGAUAGAGAAGAGGAAAUGGAAACCUGUCAGCUGACACUUGACCCAGAGGCUGCAGAUGAUUGGCUGCUAAUGGUGCCCGCACUUCCCUUCAUCACUACUAGAUUCAUAGAAAUGUUGCUGUCAAACUUAAAAAGCCUGUACAGAGGACGUUAUGUGAAUGUGGGCUGCACGGUUGGCGCAGAGGAGUCGCACAUCUGGACUCUGAGCUUUAAUGAAGAGUCAACCAAAAUCCCCCUGGUGCUUCUGCAUGGCUUUGGCUCAGGGGUGGGCUUGUGGUGCCUCAAUUAUGAUGCAUUGGCUGCCAAGAGACCCGUCUAUGCCAUUGACAUUGUUGGUUUUGGCCGCAGUUCUCGACCACAGUUUACACGUGACCCUCUGGAGGCUGAGAGGGAGUUCAUCACAACCAUUGAAGCGUGGAGGGAGAAGAUGAACCUGGAAAAGUUCAUUCUGUUGGGUCAUUCCUUUGGUGGCUUUCUGGCUGCCUCCUACUCCAUCAAACAUCCUGAAAGGUAAGAAUUUUUUUUCUUA